AUAAUACUAUAUUUUUAAAUGUUUUUAAAAAGAGCAAUGCUAGGGGCACUCGCCUCCUGCACUCUCCGGCCAACACUUUCUCUUUUAUUGGGCCACGUUAUUUUGGUUGCCAAAAGGACAAGAAACAGAGCGCGCUGGUCGGCGUCACGGACAAGCAACUACCAGUCCUACCAGGACUAAGAAGACCGAGCGGUAGACUUCAGUUUCUCAUCUCCCACCGCCUCUCCAUGGACACACUUCCAGAGGCGCCUCAAGAAUGGAAGAACCGAAUCGGAGCUCCACAUUUGCUUCUUCAUCUUCUCAUUCGGUCAACAGGGAGGAUUCAGGUGCCGCGGCGUCGUCUUCAAUUUCUUAUUCGGAGGUACGGGAAGAGGUGGAGGACCGGUAUCAUCAACCAUAUCAUAAUCCAGACCUAGAGCAUCACCACAAUGGUGUAACGUACCGAGGCAACUUCUUUUCUUUCGAUGAUGCACAGGAGCUUAUCAGUGAUGACACCUGGUCUUGCAUCAUUGUGGUUCUCACUUUUUGGUUCUUUGUAUCAAUGACUCUGAUUUUGGGGGUUUAUGGAUCUUCCAAUAUAGUGCUUGGUCCAAAUUGCUCGCUUCUUAUUCAGCCAAAUUCUAUAUUUGUCCAAAGUAUAACGGUGGAACAGUUGGUUGACACUGCUAAUGGAAUAGAGUUUUAUGGAUUUUAUAACACUCCACCUCUCAAUGUAGAAACUAACUGGUCUGAAGCUUAUGUUGCUACUGUUGGAGUUGAUUCUCACAAGGAGUGGAUACAUUAUCUGAACAAGGGCUCUCAAGUAAAUAUCUCAUAUACAGUGAACUCUGGUGCCUCAGUAUUCCUGAUAAUUGCCCAAGGAAAUGAGGGCCUUGCUCAAUGGCUUCAGAACCCAACAUAUCCAAACACCACCUUAUCAUGGAAUGUUGUUCAUGGAAGUGGUGUUAUCCAGCAGGAUAUAUACAAAUCUUCAAGUUACUACAUUGCACUGGGUAAUCUGAACUCAGAGGACGUGGAGGUGGAAUUAAAUGUCAGAGUCAGGGCUUGGAAGUAUAAUACAACUGAAGCUUAUUACAAAUGUACUUUUACUCAAGGACAGUGUAGCCUGAGUGUUUUGUUUCCUAAGGAAAAUUCUGUUGUCUUGACCUCUUCCGGCCCAAACUGGGUAAGUCUCUUAUUUUCUUUUGAUGGUUAACCUUGUCCCCAUUUUUUUCCUUGAAACUGUCAUCUAAACUUUGAAAACCACUCUAAUGAUUAAAUAAUGAUUAGAGAUGAGCUUAAAAUUUUCAAUCCCAAGACUCAGAAGCCUUUUUCAAUAGUGAAUACUAUUGGCAUCUUUCUAAAGGCUGUUCCAGAGGUAUUCUCAUAAUAUUAUCAUAGGUCCAGUUGGUCAAGCAAUAACCUCUACAAUAACAGGUUUUGAUACAU